AUGAGUUCCGCCGACGAGGCUUCUGUUCAUGGGGACAGUUUUAGCCAGGAGGGUGGAAAGCCCGCAGGCGUCUGUUCUGAAGGUCCUGGGGUCCCAAGGGGUCGGGGUCAGGGCCGGAGCCGGGGCCGGGGUCGGGCCAGGGGCCAGGGCCUUGAGUUGGGGCCGCCGCGGAGCGGGGAGGGCGAGGGCGGCCGCCCAGACCCCAAGGCCUAUGAGCUGGAGUUGGAGGCCCCGUGGGAUGAGGAAGAGGAGGGAGGGGCGGUGUUUAGGGGCCGCCAAGGCAGACCUGGCUCCUCUGCUGACGAGAAGGGCGAUGCUCUGGACUUGGUGCCCCACCUCACUCUGGAGUCUGCGGCCAUCGUGCAGGAGCUGAUGGGAUGGGAGCCCCGGGGCACCCGCAGAUACCCGUCCCCGGAAAGCUUCGCCACCGAACUGUCUGCCAUUUGGGUGGACGCAGAGGCAGGCUUCAGCGCGAGAGGCGCGCUGGCCCCCAGCUCCGUGGAAGCGCAGCAAGCCUCUGCCACCCCUCUGAGCCACCCCAGUGGGCCCAAGGGGGGCUGGGCCUGGGGGAAGGCCAAGAGAUGCACCAAAAGUAGGAUGACGGGCAGCGGGGAAGGCCAGCGGCCCUCUUCCGACUCUGAGUCUUCAGAUGAGCCCAGUGAGAUACAGCUGAUGAGGGUGAGCAUUUGCCCCAAAGGAGGAGGCCAGGCCAGGUCCAGCAGACCCAGGGAACCCAGAGACCCCACUGGACACUCGAGUGUGAGUGUUCGUAGCAGGGAGAUUUUCCUUCACAUGCCUUGCCCUCUGCCCACCUCCACUCCCAGAGGACUCAACUCAGCCUCAACAGAGCUGGAAGCUGGCUCCUCCAGGAAAAUGCAAAGCAUGCUCUGGAGCAAGGGAGGGAGCAGGCCCAGCUUCCCAGGAGCUCCUGCUGCUGCUGCUGCUGUUGUUUCUGGGGCCCUGCCCAGGACCACUCCUAAGAAGAAGGUCUUCCAGGAGAAGAAAUCCCUGGAGGAUGGCUCAAAAGUUAGCCUGGGCAGGGCCUUCCCUUCAUGGGGGCAGAGACUGAAGUCGACUCCCCUGGAACCGGCCACGUUCCCCACAAUCUUGGGGGUUCCACUGCUUGGGAGGUUCAAAAGGUAUUCCUUGCUGCCCCUGGGGACCAAAAAGUCCAAACACAGUGGCACUGGGAAGAGGUCUAUGGCCCAGAAGACACAGGAGUUCCAGCCUGUUGCCAGGGAAGAUUAUGACCCAAGUAGAGAUGCAGUCCCUCUGGCCCAAGGGUUGUCCAUGGGAGCCCACUGUCAUGGGGAUGCCAUAUUCGGGGUCUCUGAGGUCGGGGCAGACAUCAAGAAAAUACCUGGUAAGGGCGACUCCUUGGUCACACCUUGUGCAUUUCCUGCCUCCUUCCCAGACAGGGGCUGGGACGGGAAGAAGCUUCCAACACAGAGGCCAGGGUCACCUGGUCUUGGCAUGCAUCGUGGAGAGUUUGGUAGUGGUGACCCCAGCACCAACAUCCCCCAACCUGCAGGAAGCUCCCAGCUCUUGGAGCUGAGCCAGGGAGGCCUCACUCCAAGAGGCCCUGCCCCUACUGGUGACCAGGAACCAGCCAUUCAUCACCUGUUUCCAGAGAGGCAGCAGCAAGCACCUGGAGCACAGGGCUGUCCCCGGUGUGUGGUUCUACAGAAAGAGAGAGAUGACCUCAAAGAGCAACUAGUCAUGCAGUCCCUUGCGGAUAAGUUCCAGGCCCUUGGAAGUGAGCGUUGAACCCAGCAUCUUCAGACAAGGCAAGCAGAGCCUGUGCUGUCUCUACAAGCACGUGGAGCCCAGGAGCAGCAGCCAAGCU